AUGCCCACUCUAGUCCAGUCAAGUCCCUUAUGGACAAGUUACGGAGAACUCAACAACGAGGAAAUCGAAGGACUUAUCAUCGAAAGUCAACAUCUUACCGAGUUGCUACAAGCCGAGCUUAGGCUACGUGGUGCAGGCGUAGCAGAAGAUUUUAUCCAAGGACGUGACGUACGACGGAAAGCAGAAAAUAUCCAGAAGUAUGGUUUGACCUCGUCUGAUCGCGAGCUAAUAGCGGACGCCAAUCACCUCGGAAUGGCUGUUAUCAGGGGCGGCCUGAACUCCGCCAAACAUGGCUUGACGCAAUGGAAACAUAUCAGCUAUACCAAGUUGAUUUGGUUGGUGGCCAAUGUCACAACGUCUGCGCAUGCGCUCCUUCUCGUCAUCGCUCUUGGAAAGAACAGACUGGAAAAGAUUAACCUAAUGGAGAGGUCGAGGCUUGUGUCUUUCAUCAAGCAGCAUGAAACCACACUUCUCUGCCCCUGUCUUGUGCCUGUCGCUCGUUUGCCGGUAGACUCCCUCGAUAGUAUAGCCACGUCGAGUCGCUUCUCUCAUGAAAAUCUUUGCGAAGACUAG